AUGGCAAGGCUUCUCGCUAGUGGAAAUGUUAGAAGGUUUGUGUAUUCUUUUCACCGGAAGCAGAACAAUGGCAACUUUGAAGGAUUCCAUUCAACGGGGCUCCCUUACUCAACAUACAAGUUUUUCUCAUACAUCGGAGUUGAACGUAAAGGACAUACUCCAUUUAUGUUAUUUAAAUCAAAGGUUAAACUGUUGACAAAUAGCAACGCGAGGAGCUUGUAUACCCUACCUGCAAAUAGUGUAAAAUAUCAUCAUAGUCAAGUUCUUUGGAACAUGAUGCGUUUUCAUAAAGGGCCGGCUCUACCUCCAGUAGGUCAAUUUACCUGUGCUGUAAGUCUAGCUAUCGUCAAAUCGAACUUUUUUGUUCACGGUAUGAUUGCUGUCAUAAUAGGCGCAUGGACGCAAGGUAAAUUAGCCAAAGCAGAACCAUUCCCGAAAAGGGAUUUGUUGUAUUUACAUGCAAAUGAUGGACGUGUAUAUUUAACCUCAGCUCUCUUGGAAGCGUUUGAGAUGUUUAUCUUGUUUCUAAGGGCUGUGUAUUUACUGCUUUUGUUCACUCCUUGCAUAGCUAUGGCUCCUUUAGUUCACUAUUUAGGUAUUGAAUUUAGAAAAACAUGGAUUCGUGUUGUACGUCUUACGCUUGCAAAGGCUGGCCCGGCGUUCAUUAAAUGGGGUCAAUGGGCUGCAACCAGACCUGAUCUAUUUCCGAGGGAUCUAUGCGGUGAACUUGCAGAAUUUCAAACCAACGCACCAUCACAUAGUUUUAGUUAUAGCAGAAAAUGUAUUGAAAAUGCGUUCGGUCGCAAGUUAAAUGAAAUAUUUGAAAAGUUUGAGGAGGAACCGGUAGCUUCGGGUAGCAUCGCUCAAGUUCAUCGAGCUACACUAAAGUACAAAUACCCUGGUCAGCAAAUCAAGAAGCCUGUUGUUGUAGCAGUGAAGGUCCGACAUCCGGGGGUUACAGAAGCAAUUAGAAGGGAUUUCUUCAUUAUCAAUCUUGUUUCCAAAAUUUCGUGUAUUGUUCCUAAUUUGAAGUGGUUGAGAUUAGAUGAAAGCAUACAACAGUUUGCGGUUUUUAUGAUGUCUCAAGUUGAUCUUUCGAGGGAAGCGGCACAUCUUAAUCGUUUUAUCUACAAUUUCCGGAGAUGGAAAGACGUUUCAUUCCCGAUACCUCUGUACCCCCUAGUGCACCCUUCUGUUUUGGUAGAAACCUAUGAACAAGGCGAAAGUGUUUUGCAUUUUGUUGAAGAGCUUGAAGGCCAUGAGCAUAUCAAAAGUUCUCUUGCGCAUAUUGGAACGCACGCUCUUUUAAAGAUGCUUUUGGUGGAUAAUUUUCUUCACGCAGACAUGCAUCCCGGAAAUAUUCUUGUUCGUAUAGCAAAAAGGAAAUCACCACCUGCUGUACAGCUCUUUAAGUCAAAGCCUCAUAUCAUUUUCCUCGAUGUAGGCAUGACUACCGAACUUUCUAAGAGGGAACGAGAAUCUUUACUGGAAUUCUUUAAGGCUAUCGCACUUCAAGAUGGCCGUGGUGUUGCAGAGUGCACACUUAGAUUAUCGAAACAACAGAAUUGCCCUGACCCAAAAUCUUUCGUCGAGGAAGUUGAUAAAUCAUUUAAGUUAUGGUCGUCCUUAGAAGGUGAAGCUGUCCACUCAGGCGACCGUAUGCAACAAUUGCUCGAACAUGUUAGGCAAUGUAAAGUCAAUAUAGACGGGAAUAUUUGCGCUGUGAUAGUGACUACAUUAGUUCUGGAGGGGUGGCAACGGAGACUUGAUCCCAAUUAUGAUAUGCUGCACGAAUUGCGAACGUUGCUGUUUAAAACUGACUGGGCAGAGGAGUCUCUAGCUUAUGCUAUUGAAGGACCGGUGGCCCCAUAG